GCACCUCGUCACCCUCUCGGCCAGCCUGGAGCACUAAUUGCCAGAAGCUAUAAACUCCGUCAGCGCAAGUUCUAACCCCGUCGCCCUAAAAGCCAGAGCCCACCGCAGUCCCUCCCACCUCUGGAUCCCCAAGCUCUCCCUCUCCCCUCCGGCCUGGACCGACGACCGCGCCCUCGACCUCGAUUCUCGAUCAAAAGAACAGCAUUCCGGCUGUUUCUUCUCUUUGUCUACUCAGCAACCGUCCCGAUCCCGAUUUCCAGCGUUACCGAGCUCGCCCCGAAGCAACCAGCAGCCGCAGCAAUGGACCACAGCCAGCCCCAAACGCGCGAGCUCAAGGAGAACACGACGAUUGUCGUUCUCGGUGCCUCCGGAGACCUCGCAAAGAAGAAGACGUUCCCCGCGCUCUUUGGCCUGUACCGAAACCAAUUCCUGCCCAAGGGCGUCAAGAUCGUCGGCUAUGCCCGGACAAAGAUGGACCACGACGAGUUCCUGCGACGGGUCAAGUCAUACAUCAAGACGCCCACCCCGGAGAUUGAGCAGCAGCUCCAGGAGUUCACCGAUCUGUGCUCGUACAUCUCCGGCCAGUACGACAAGGACGAGUCGUUUGCAGUCCUCAACGACCACCUCAACGAGCUGGAGAAGGGCUGGCCCGAGGCGCACCGCCUGUUCUACAUGGCGCUGCCUCCCAGUGUCUUCACCAUUGUCUCCCAGCACCUGAAGCGAUGCUGCUACCCGCAAAACGGCAUCGCUCGAGUCAUUAUCGAGAAGCCCUUUGGCAAAGACCUUGCCAGCUCUCGCGAGCUGCAAAAGUCUCUUGAGCCGGACUGGAAAGAGGAGGAGCUCUACCGCAUCGACCACUACCUCGGCAAGGAAAUGGUCAAGAACAUUCUCAUCAUGCGCUUCGGCAACUCCUUCCUCGGUGCCACUUGGAGCAGGCAGCACAUCGACAACGUCCAGAUCACCUUCAAGGAGCCCUUCGGCACCGAGGGCCGUGGUGGCUACUUUGACGAGUUUGGCAUCAUCCGAGACGUCAUGCAGAACCAUCUUCUCCAGGUCCUCACCCUCCUGGCCAUGGAGCGCCCCAUUUCGUUCGACUCCGAGGACAUCCGAGACGAAAAGGUCCGCGUCCUUCGCGCCAUGCCCGCCAUCGAGCCCAAGAACGUCAUCAUCGGACAGUAUGGAAAGUCGCUGGAUGGUAGCAAGCCGGCGUACAAGGAGGACGACACCGUACCCAAGGACUCUCGAUGCCCGACGUUCUGCGCCCUCGUCGCCUACAUUAAGAACGAGCGAUGGGACGGCGUUCCCUUCAUCAUGAAGGCGGGCAAGGCCCUCAACGAGCAGAAGACGGAGAUUCGAAUCCAGUUCAAGGACGUCACCUCGGGCAUCUUCAAGGACAUUCCGCGGAACGAGCUUGUUAUGCGCAUCCAGCCCAACGAGAGUGUCUACAUCAAGAUGAACUCCAAGCUUCCCGGCCUCAGCACCCAGACCGUCGUCACCGAGCUCGACCUGACCUACCGACGCCGGUUCUCCGACCUCAAGAUCCCCGAGGCUUACGAGUCACUUGUCCUUGACUGCCUGAAGGGCGACCACUCCAACUUUGUCCGCGACGACGAGCUCGAUGCCAGCUGGCGCAUCUUCACUCCCCUGCUUCACUACCUCGAGGACAACAAGGAGAUUAUCCCCAUGGAGUACCCCUACGGAUCUCGAGGCCCCGCUGUUUUGGAUGACUUCACCGCUUCAUACGGCUACAAGUUCAGCGAUGCUGCCGGCUACCAAUGGCCGACAACCUCGGCUGCCGCUCCUACCAAGUUGUAAGUAGCCGGAGCCUCUGCGUGUUGGUGCAACAAUGUCUUGUCAUGUAUUGCUUUGGAUCCCAGGCGGAGCAAGCAUAGUAACAAUUCUUGCAGUUAAAA